AUUUUUAUUAUUGAAGGCGUUUUUGGUGCAUCCAAUCAAUCCUUUGAACACCGGAUCCGCGCUCUUCUUCUGGAAAAUUACGACAAGACCGUUCGGCCAGUUUUAGGCAACAAAUCGGUGGAGGUUUCGUUCGCCAUGAGAAUAAGCAGACUUGUUAGAGUGGUAAGUGCAGAAAACUAAUAGACAAAUAGAAUCCCUUUUUACACAUUUCCCCCGUCUCAAAAGAAAUUGAAGACAAUGCUUCAUAUGCAAAAAUAGGUCGGUAAAACGGGCCAAAAAAAAUACGUUCAACUUGUUUUGCAACAAAGUGCUGCAAAACGAGUUGACUGAGUGAUGUUGCGCGUUUUACUCGACCCACGUUCGAAGCUGUCUUGCAACAAAUAAGGUUGCAAGGUUUGUUUUGUGGGUGGUAAAACACGCAACAUUGCUAAUCAACUCGUUUUGCAGCAAUUUUGCACAACAAGUUGCACGUUUGUUUUUUUUUUUGCCCGUUUUACUGUAGCUUAAAAAAAAAAAAAACGUGCAACUUGUUGUGCAAAAUUGCUGCAAAACGAGUUGAUUAGCAAUGUUGCGUGUUUUACCACCCACAAAACAAACCUUGCAACCUUAUUUGUUGCAAGACAGCUUCGAACGUGGGUCGAGUAAAACGCGCAACAUCACUCAGUCAACUCGUUUUGCAGCACUUUGUUGCAAAACAAGUUGAACGUAUUUUUUUUGGCCCGUUUUACCGACCUAUUUUUGCAUAUGAAGCAUUCUCUUCAAUUUCUUUUGAGACGGCUGAAAUACACAGGGGAAAUUAAACAAAGUUUCUGCAAAGUUUAGGGGGCGAGGCAAACAACGUCAUGAGUAAACUACUUUUUGAAGAACUAUUGCAGUUGUUAUUUAUUAGACAACGAUAUUUUUAAAAUGAACAUCGUGAAAUCAUGGGACUUAUUUACUCCUUUUGUACCUUCACAGGAUACCAGGGAACAAACAGUUAUUUUGGAUACUUGGGUUAUACAGGUAGGGAGCAGCUUCGCACGUUCGCUUGGCGACAAAAAAGCUUACUGCCCUGUAGAAGUAAUUAUCCAUUCACGUCGGACUGUUUUUAGAAUGUUAGGGUCAGAGCGGAUGCCCUGGUUAGGGUAUAGUGUCAUUGAAUUGUUCUUAACUGUUUUACAUAUCGCCGCUAAAAGCUGACACCUCAGAAUACGGAUAUAACAUUGAGAUUGUAACUUGAAAUUGGUGUGUUUUUUUCAGACUUGGACAAAUGAAUUCCUCAAGUGGAAUACAAACAGCUUUGGAGGUUUUCAUCGCGUGCAGUUUCUUCCCGAAGAGAUCUGGGUACCGGAUAUCUCGCUUUUUAACAAGUAAGUGCCCUUAUAAUUUAAAAUUAUAGCAAUUUUCAUUGUGCUUUUGCAAAGCAAAGUGGUUCUUCUAGAUGUGUCGAUAAGGCGACAUGCUAAAGUGGUGAUCAUUUCACUGAAUGGUACGGCAGAAGCAAUACCUGCACUUCCUGUGCUGUUCAGUUGUGAUUGACAAAAAGAGUUGGUUCCAACUAUUGCUGUUUUUACUGCUGUUCAAAGAGGGUCAAGUCAUAUGGUCAAGUUAAAUGGCCAGUGUUCCCUGCAUUGAUAAGUUUUGUUGUUACAAGUAUGGCUAGAUGUGUUCUCAGUCCUUUCGUCGGGUUACACGGUGCAUUUUCAAGGGUAAAAACUGAUCUUUACAAGCGGCGCUUGUCAAGUUCAAUCAUCCUCGAAGGUUCUCGGAGAACAAGUCUUGGAGCCCCUUCAAGAGCCUGUUCCUACAGGUUGGGUUCAUCUGCACCCUUUUAGUGUAGAUAUCCGUUUUCACUGGUCCUUACUAUUUACUACGGCACCUUCAAUUGUUAUACGAGUUGGACCCUUAACCUAUUGUUUCGCAAAACAAAUGCUUGCAGUCUUACCAGAAAGGAAGCGGAUCUCUUAGUUUGUUCUACAGGCUGGGAUUUCUCGCGUAGGGUCAACACCCUGUCACCUUGACAUUUUUAUGGUAAGCACUGAAGUACAGCUCAUAUUGGGUACAAGGCAAUUUGGACAACCAAUGUUACCGCCUUGCUACUGAUAAAAACCUAUAAAUUACUGUCAAAACGACUACUGUAAGGCGGAAUUAUCAACAACGUGAAGACUGUAUUUAACUAGUGAACCACGGCCUUUGUGCGUGCAGUUUUCAGGUGUUAUGUUCUUUUCGUGCUAUAGGCUACAAACGUUUUAUUCAAUUCAUACUCGUUGACUUGCGGACAACAGCUGCAGAUACAACAAUUUAUUGCUAAAGAACUAAAAACGAGCUUUUGCCUUUCAGUGGUGACGAGGGCGUCACAUUAGCUGGGGGAAGAACAAAGUUUGUGACAGAGGUGUCGGUAGAUAAUGAAGGAAACUGCGUAUGGAGCGGACCAGCUACAUUCAAAGCUAAUUGCGAAUUAGACAUUGGCCAGUGGCCAUUUGAUAAGCAGACUUGUGAACUAGGGUUUGGUUCAUUUACGUAUGGAGUUGACAGAAUGGAAAUCAAACUCUUUCAAGACAAAGGCGGUGGACAGUUUACUAGUAAGUUUAUCCAGCAUCUUGAGGAUGGGCCCCGGGCCCCCCAGGAGAAUUGCGAAGUUUUGGUAAUUGACACUCGAAGUAAACCUUAUUUAGACAGGCAGUCCUGAUUGCGACAAGUAGUCAUUCAUCUCGAGCCAGCGAGGCAAGGAGACGGUUAGCCAGUCAGUCAGUCAGUCAGUCAGUCAGCUAGCUAAUUAGUCAGUCAGUCAGUCAGCAAGCCUUCCACCCAGCUAGUUAGCCAGCCAGCCAGCUAGUUAGCGAGCCAGCCAGCCAGUCAGUCAAAACACCAGCCACCUAAUUAACUAGUCAGUCGGUCAGCCCUUUGGUCAUUAAUAAGUGAAGUCAGUCAGUUAUUCAACCAGCUAGCUAGCAGUAAUGCCGACCGGGAGCCAGUAGUCUCUGUCAGCCAGUUGGUUCAGUCCGGGUAGGUCGGUGAGUCAGUUUGCCAGUUAUGCUUAGUAAGCGAAUUGAUAAGGAAAUCUAAAAAAGCUUUGCAAUAUGAAACGCUUGACUAUUUUGAUUUUCAGACCGGUUCGUUACAAAUGGUGAUUGGGAUAUUACCAACGUCGCCGCUUCAGUCGAACAGACCGACCACGGUGACUGUUGUCCAUUUAAGUUCAGUGAAGUUGUUUACGACCUGAAAAUGAAAAGAAAGCCUUUAUAUCACCUGUUCUACCUAACCAUUCCGAGCAUGAUGCUUAUGUUCCUGGCCCUAACAAGCUUCCUUAUUCCCGUGGAGAGUGGUGAAAGGAUCGGUUUCGUCACCACCAUCCUAUUGGCUAUGACUGUGUUCUUGCUCCUCAUUCCGUCUUUUCUUCCCGAGACUUCAGAUGGUGUUCCUAUCCUUGGAAUUGGCUUGCAGGCUACUAUGGUCAUCAUAUCUUUGAUUCUCUUUUGUAAUAUCUUCGUUUUAAAGCUGUUCUUCAUGGAGGGACCUCCUCCUAACUGGGUACAGAACCUCUUCUGCUUGUGCCAUGGUAAAAAGGGAAAAAACGUCCAGCGGAUCCACGUCUCUACUGCAGAUUCACAUUCCUCCAAGAUGGCUGCCUCCGCAAACGCGAUUGAACUCACAGAGCAUUCUGAAGGCAUGCGCAAUACGCCAGAGGGAUGGGAGGAAAAACGGGAAGAAAUAACAUGGCAGAAAGUGUCAUGUAAGCUCGAUCACGUGUUUUUUGUGUUCUUCUUUCUGGUUGCUGCAAUAACCUACACCGCGACUUACUUAUCAUGA